CAGACAGAGGCAGAGGAUCCGUCCAGCCACAGCCGAAGCAUCCUUCAGACCAAACUUUCUCCAACACUAAACCAGUUUCAGGAACCAGAGAGGGAAGAUGCCUGUCUGCAGCAUGGUGGAGAAGAGUAACGGCGUGGUUGUGGGUGCAAAGCUGACCUGCAGCGUCCGGGAGGAGAACAAGACGAAGAAGGAGAGCUACAGCGCUGAUUGGAACAGUGUUGGUCUGAAAACCCAACCUCAGGACAGACAAACUAUGAGCAUGAACGAUGACUCUCGUAGAGAGACCCUGUCCCGGCAGUGGCAGUGCCGCUCCCUGAUCCAGACCUGUCCCUCUGGGGUCUUCAGGGUGGGUACUGUGGAAAGAGGGGUGAGGGAGCACCAGCUGCUGCCCAAGAGACACACCCUCCCCUUGCCCAUCUUCACCCCAGCAGAGCUGGGCGUCCGACUCGGGCGCGGGGCCCCCCACACAGAGCAGGACCUGCAGCCCUUCCCCACACCCGACGGCGUCUGUCCCAGCAAGAGGUCCGUGGACGAGAUCACCAGAGACCUGCCGCCCGUCAAGCCCGUCCUCCUGGAGUUCGCCAAAGCGCCCAAAGCCCUGGGUCGCUCCGUGUCUCAGGAAGCCCAGAGAGGCUGAACGAAAGAUCAGCUGAGGAGAGGCUCGACGGGAAAGAGCAGAAGUGUCAACGUGUACAUAUGUAGACUCAACUCUAGUGGCGUUCAUCAGAAAUGUAGACCUUUAGCACCAACGACGUGUCACGUUUUUAACAUCGGCAUUUCAUGUGUUUGUAGAAGGGUGCACUGUGACAGAGAAGGGGGGAUUUUCAGCCGCCAUGUUUGCUGGUAUCUUCUUGUGACGCGUGCACUAACGCACUUUUAUUUUGAAAAGUGCAAACGGAAAGAAAGGAUUCAUUGAUCAAGUCUUUGACGGUAACAGACGGGUAAAUUAGAGACACUUAACUGUGUGUGAAGGAGUGGAAACAGGUGAAGGAAGGUCAGAGGAA